GUCACGUGAGCGGGCGAUCACGUGACCGCGAGACGCUCGAGUCCCCGCCGAGGCUCCGCUGUCGCCAGGCCAGCCAUUUUGGUACGUUAACAUGGCGUCGCCGCCGGAGAUUAAUAUGGCGUCCUCGGACAUAAUAACCGAAGUGGAGAUCCAACCGGACAUCCAGGAGGUUGAGAUAGAGGCGAUACCGGUGGAGAUACCGUGCGAGACCGUGGAGACGACGAUCGAGGGCGAGGACGGGCAGCCGAUGAUAGCGCUGCAGCCAUUGCCGGAGCCGGGUCGAGAAGAAAUCAUACUGCAGACACAAGAGGAGAUCGUUGGCGCCGAUCCGCUUAGCGUAUACGACCAGAUCCCGGUGCCGGAUAACGACAUUUAUGUCGAGUCCAGCCCUGGGCCGUCGCGUAAAGCUGCUAAGAAGGCGCGUAAGAGCGGUGGCACGCGUUUCCGUGCCUCCGACCACGCGAUUUUCGGCGAGAUGGCUACUGAGACCAAGGCUAGAAAGUGGGAACAGAAGCAGGUGCAGAUCAAGACGCUCGAGGGCGAGUUUUCGGUAACGAUGUGGGCGUCCGGCACGGACGACGGUAACAUCCUAUUAGCGCCUGACCUGGAUGUGGAUGUUCCAGAUGAAGGUUCAAAUCCAGAACCGGAUCCGGACUACACGGAAUACAUGACGGGCAAAUCCAAUGCAAAGUUCAAUUCGAAUAGUUCGAUGUCAGACGGUAUGCCUGGUUUGGAUCUGUCGGAUCCGAAACAACUUGCUGAGUUUGCACGACCCGGUCAUAAGCUGAAAGUGCGCAAACCGCCGGUGAUGGACGGUGUCGAGCGAACGAUCGCAUGUCCUCACAAGGGAUGCACGAAGAUGUUUCGAGAUAACAGUGCGAUGCGCAAACAUUUGCAUACGCAUGGUCCACGAGUUCAUGUGUGUGCGGAAUGUGGCAAAGCUUUUGUCGAGAGUUCCAAGCUGAAACGACAUCAGCUGGUGCAUACAGGCGAAAAACCAUUUCAGUGCACAUUUGAAGGAUGCGGCAAGAGGUUUAGUUUGGACUUUAAUCUUCGUACGCACGUGAGGAUCCAUACCGGUGAUCGGCCAUAUGUAUGUCCAUUCGACGGAUGCAGUAAAAAGUUUGCGCAAUCAACGAACCUCAAGUCGCAUAUAUUAACUCAUGCGAAGGCCAAAUCUCGGAACGCGAUUGGGAGACAAGUACAACAAAUCCAACUUACACAGCCUCAAUUUGUCCAAGUUGAAGUUGCAGAUGUGGACAAUCAACAGUUCAUUGUCUACGCUGAUUAGCCCCCCUAAACAUUGAUCUCGUAUAUCUCCCGCUGAACACUACUACUAAAGUAUCGUAACCAUUAAUUAUUAAUCUGAACAAUGUAAAUAUUUUUACGACGCGUACAAGUGAUGUCAUUACACGAGAUAUGGACAGUCAAGCUGUCUUAAGAGAAUUAAUGGAAGAAUAAUACCUCUGUGCUUAGAUACGAAUUUCUUGAAGGAAAAAAAAAUGGAGCACUAUAUUAUCGUAAGACACAAGAGGGCAAAUAAAGAGUUAAAUAAGAAAGGAAAAAAAGUAAAAAAAAAAGAUAAUGUGUACCUUCUAAGAUAACAAGUUAGACUGUGUCGCGCACUGCUCAAUUUCUUGUUCCAUCAAGAGAAAUAGAGUGCGCUCGCAUAAUACACACUAUAUACAUAUACACUUACACACCCGCACACACAUACACGAGACUGUAUAUAUAUAAAUAUAUAUAAGUACAAUUAAAAUAUUGUAUACAGUAUAUUUUGGAGAAAUUCAGAUGGGAAUAAACCACGAAGAUGCAUCUUUUUCCGUCGGACUCAAUUGUAUCAUCUUGGUAAUAUACGAAUUUUACACUA